GGGGAGGCAACCGCUAUCUUUUUUUUUUUCCUUCUUCUUUUCUCUUUUUUCCAUUUGUACCAACGGGCACAACUGGCUCAGGCUUGUUACCGACCAGUCCAACUUGAAAUAGCGUUUUACUCGUUUUUCGUCUAAGCAGCCUGCAUCCUGGACAGUCGAUGAUUUCUUGGUGUCUAACACUAAACGUUUUGCAUACGCGAGUCUGGACGACUUGUGGCGGCUUUUGACAUGGACGAGGAGAAAAAUAAUUUGUCGACGAGUCAAUAAACCCACCAUGGAUAGCCUACAGGUCGUCCUCAUCUAAGGAAUGGGAUUUUGUUCUGCUUAAAGCGACAUGGUCGAAGGAGGAAACCCAGAGGUGAGAUAGGGGCGAAAACUGUUUAGAAAACAGGCGUUUUCACCUACAGAGGUGAGUUAUUUGGGAAGACGAGCGACAGAAAUAAAGAAGGCUUAAAAAAUAUUAACUGGGACGUAUGGAGCCAGGAAAGGCGGGAUGUGGCAUCACCCUCCGCUCUGAGUGAGUGUGGGCAGUGUCGAGCUGUUGGGGACAACCGGUGGUCGCUUCAGCCAGCCUCCCACCUUCCCGAAGCUAUUUUCCUCCAUAUGCUCGCCAAAUAUUUAAUAAUUUUUCAGUUUUCAAGUGCCUGUCCCUGCUCCUCUCUUUGACUCAAGUCUCGAAAUUAGGAAAAUAAAAGGGUGAAUCUAUAUUUAAAAAAAAAAAAAAGAAGAAGAAGUGGAGGAGAGACGGAAUAAGGCACCCAAGGAGCCGCCUAUAUGAAGAUGCUGAUGUGUGACCGCGGCGUCCAGAUGCUCGUGACGACGGUGGGCGCGUUCGCCGCCUUCAGCCUCAUGACCAUCGCCGUCGGCACGGACUACUGGCUGUACUCGCGCGGGGUCUGCCGCGUGAAGAGCAGCGGCGACAACGACACGAGCCGCAAGAACGAGGAGGUGAUGACGCACUCCGGCCUCUGGCGAACCUGCUGUCUGGAAGGAACAUUCAGAGGCGUAUGUAAGAAGAUUGAUCACUUUCCAGAGGAUGCAGACUACGAGGCGGAUGCUGCUGAAUACCUCCUACGUGCCGUUCGCGCCUCCAGUAUCUUCCCCAUCAUGAGUGUUGGUCUGUUGUUCCUGGGGGGGCUUUGUGUGGCUGCCAGUGAGUUUUACCGGAGCAGACACAAUGUCAUCCUCAGCGCAGGAAUCUUCUUCGUAUCUGCAGGUCUCAGCAACAUUAUUGGAAUUAUUGUCUACAUCUCAGCCAAUUCUGGAGAUCCAGGUCAGAGUGACAGCAAGAAGUCCUAUUCGUACGGCUGGUCCUUCUACUUUGGUGCCCUCUCCUUCAUAAUGGCAGAAAUGGUGGGCGUGCUGGCGGUGCACAUGUUCAUCGAGAAGCACCGCAAGCUGCGCGCCAAGUCCCGCACCGAGCUCAUAAAGAAGUCCGCCUUCAGCCGCAUCCCUUCCUACCGCUACCGAUUCCGCCGCCGCUCUAGCAUGCGCUCCUCCGAGGCCCCAAGCCGUGACGCGUCGCCGCUGGGGAAGGGCGGCUACACGGGGCCGGCCGCCUCCGAGAUGCCCAUGUACACGCUGAACCCGAGAGAAGCGGGCAAUGCGGGCGGCAAAGCGGGUAGCGGCAUGGGUGGGCUGCUCAACUCGGAGAGGGAUUUCCUCCAGAGCAGCACGCUCACUAAAGACUACAACAAGGACCCCAACCGCAGGACCACACCAGUCUGAGGGAAUCUGGCUGCAGAUAUCACCCAAUCAGAGUGUCAAAGAGGAAGAGGAGGAGAAAUCCAGUGGAAUUCCAAGCAAACAAACAGGAAUAUGAAGGGUUGUGGGAUUGGGAAGGGGUGUGAUUAACCCUGACUGUGAACUGUGAAAUUUUUAGCCUUUGAACUGUGAAUCCUUUGCGCUCUGAGAGUAUCUUAGUGUGUAGCAGGGUGGGUUUUGAUGGAGAAGUUCUUCCCAACAUUCAUGUACGCCUGAUACACCUUAAAAUUACAUCUGUAGCCGCUUACAAAUGACAGCUGUAGCAAUUUAGGUUCAUAAUUUUCCUGUUCAUAAACUGACUUUCUGACAUUUUUAAGGGGAAGAGAAGAAGACAUGCAGAGUUGUUGCUUGGAACAACUUCUCCUGACAAAUCACAACUAAUGUGAAAUUGAUAAAAAGACAGAAGAGAAGAGAAAACGUGUGAUCUAUGAUCUUCACACCUCUCUCCUGUCAUUUUGGGUAGCAGUAGAGCUGGAGGGGAACAGUGAACUUUCUAAAUGUGAUAUUAAAUAGUGAGAAAGUUAAACUUAUCACAAGGCUUAAUUCAGUUUUGGAUCGGCUGAGUUCAGAAGAGAAAAGAAAAUCUGUGCCAUUGACAUUUGUUGAAGUGAUUAUUUCUACAUUUGUUUACUUGUUUCAUAUGAACUGACUUCAAACUGAGCUGAAACUGAAUUGAGCUGAUUCCGUGAUUCCUAGAUUUGCCCGAGGCUGACUGCAGAUCAGCUGCUGGAGAGUGAGCAGAAAAGGUGACUCAACAAAUCUUAACGUUCGAUCCGUUGGUGCUUCCUCUCAGCUGUGUUUUUUCUGCCACUUCUUGAGUUACUUUCUUUUGUACCUAAAAAAAAAAAAAAAAAUCCACACGACCAGAUAUCUGUCUGUCUGCCUUCACAAAUCACCUUUCGCCUUCCAUGUUUUUCCGUGUGGCCCCAUACUUCACCUCGCUGACACCCUCCUCUCACCCUAUCUUCCCUGUACUUAAGGCAACAGUAGAUUUAGCUUUUGUCUUCCUUGUAGAGUAGUUAGGUUUUCUGGAUGUUAUUAUUUCAGGGUAACAUGAGGGAUGGAGUCAGUGUAAGGGAGACCGCUGAGCUGUGAAGUAUACAUUAAGGCAGUGCCAAAACAAAAACAAACAAAAAAAUUUGCACAUACCGAACUAGAAAAGGACCUUUUGUGUCUGCCCGCUACCUCUCCUGCCAAUAUCUUUAAUUCAACAUGACGUUGUUUCUGCUAGAGCAACUGUAAAAGCUUCAGCUGCAUAAGUGAAAAGAGACAGAAAUGCUCCUUUCAUUGAAUCCAAUGGAGUGUUUUGUAUAAUAGGACUUAAAAUGUAUCCAUCUGUAAUUGCAGCAGCAUAAUCUCACGCUGCAAAAUUUCGGAAAACCCAACCUUCAAUUCUCAUAUAUUUAUUCAGUUGGGGAAAAAUUGUGUUAUUAUUGUUUUUAUAAAAUUGUUAAUUGCUCUCCACAGUAUCUGUGAUGAUGUGGGUCUGUUUUUCUUCCAAACGACCUGGGCAUCUCAUAAGAGUGCAUUGCAUCAUGAACAGAAAAAGCUGCCGAAAAUUUGACUUUCUAAAAAAAAUUUACUAGAUUAUGCUACUGCGGUUAGAGAUGAACUUUAUUUUAAGGUUUUUUUUUUUUUAAAAUACUUUUGCCGGGGAUGCCCAUCGGUAAGGCCAGAUCUGAACAGAUGUAAUCCAUCACAACAUCCAAAAACGCGCUGCUUUCAUUUAAACAUGUUGCCCCAAUGCCUCCUGUGUAAACAUGCUGUUUUAGUAAUAAUGUUUGCAAAGGACUGAAGUUAUUCUACAUCCCAGCAUUUUGGGAAACAUGUUUUAAAUCAUUCCCGAAGACCUCUGAGAGAAUCUAUAAAUAGCAUUUAAAGGCAAAUUUGACAAUUUAGCUAUAGAAAAUACAAAGACUGCUGCCUGAUUUCAUCUAGAUAGGUCAGAGUGCUCAGUUAUCAGCAGCUGUGUGAGGAUUGUGUUAAUAAAAUGUUUAAUAAUGCCAACUAACUGAUAAAAAAAAAAAGGUGUCUGUGCCAGUGAGACUUUAUCAAGUCCUUGAAAAGAACAAGAAGAUUUAUAUUGCCUCUAAGUCUUCUAGCAUUUACUAAUUUGUCUGUACCGUUAUUGCUGAUAGCAGGUGUGAAAAGAAAAAGAAGCCAUAAAAAAAGUGGGAAGAGAAAAAGAGUUGUUUAGACAGAUCAUACAGCGCUGUGCUAAAAUAGUAUCCCACUCACAGAUUUCUGAUAUUUUUUUGUUUUUUGUUAUUAUUAUUAUUAUUUUAUGUCUGACAAAUUAACUUGAGUAAAUACAUAAUGCAGUUUUCAGAUGACCCCCUCCGGUGGUAGUGUGAUGGUCUGGGAUUGCUUUACCUGUUGCUUAAUCUGAACCGACCUGAAACAUAUCCACUUAUAAAUCACUCAAUAAAAAGAGAGGGCUUCCACUGUCCUCGUCAAAGUUCAGAUUUA